AUGUUGAUUCUUUCCGACAAAAAUGUUCAAGAAAUUCUCUACGGCCUUUCACGGAAAGAAUGGGCCCACCUACUACAGAUAUUUUCCCAAUUCAUGACGGAAUAUUCUGCUGAACCCAGCAAGGUAUUCCAGCCUUCACGCGCGCGUAUCACCACUUCCCUCGGCCACAAUUCUCUCUUCAUGCCCGCUUCAAACACUUUGGUUACUGGUAUCAAGAGCAUGACUAUUCCGGGAGAUGGGUCUUCUAUCAACGGCUCAGUAUCUAUUUGCAAGCCUACUGGUGAGCUGGAAGGAUUGCUCAAUGCUCGCGAACUCACAGCGUUUCGAACAUCUUUGGCUGCGAACAUAAUCUUUUCUCGGAGAAUGUGGGAUGGCGCGGAGAACAUCGUUAUUUUUGGUGCUGGAAAGCAAGCAGAGUGGCACCUGCGAAUUGCUCUACUGAUUGGCCCCGCAGCGGGUACAAUUGGCAAGGUCACCAUUGUCAAUCGAAGCCAGUCAGCUCUGGACAAAUUUGAACAGGGAGUAUUUGCAGAUCUACGGCCAAAAUACCCCACUGUUGUCUUUGAGUCCAUUGUCAAAACUGGAAAUCCCGGACACGAGGAGCAGAUCAAGAGUGCUUUGCAGGAUGCUGCUGUGGUUUUCGCGUGCACCCCAUCAGUGGAGCCACUCUUCCCUUACAGCUAUCUCCAGAAUUCAGAGAAAAAGAAAUUCUCGGAAGUUGAUAAAGCCACGAUUUUGUCUGGAAAGCUCCUGUGUGUCGACUCGAAGGAGGAGUGUAUGGUGGAAGCCGGCGAAUUGAUUAUGGGCAACGUGAGCCAGGAAAGUUUGACAGAAAUUGGAGCUUUGCUUCCCCUGGACGAUGAUGAUGAACGGGUACAAAUCUUGAAGCAUGAGAACGUGGUAUUCAAAUGCGUAGGUAUGGGGAUUAUGGAUGUAGCUAUAGGAACAGGAGUGCUCGAGCUGGCAAAAAAGAAGCACAUCGGUGUUGAGCUGUCUGACUUCUAG